GGUUAGGAAUUUAAUACGUAUGGUUUACAUUUUUGCAUGCGAGCAGUGUGAAUACCUUCCAAACCAAAGCACAGUCCCGAACAGGCUAGUCAGCUGUCGUGCUAUUCUCGCUCUAACUAAGCUAACGAGUUAACUAGCUGGAUAUUUACUAUAUAAAAUAACGUUUUGAUUACUCUGCAAAACAAUUUUUUCUUAAAAUAUAUAUAUAUAUAUUUAAGAACCAGCCGAUUAAAUAGUUAAAUUGCAUAGCUAGCUAUGUAGCCUGCUAACCCGUGGACAAACACCUAGCUUUGCCAACUUGUUUACUGAACAAAUUAACUAACAAACAAUUGUAAAUUCAACAUAUUUGGUGAAAUAGCCUGGAUGUCAUCCUGGGACUUUCCUGCUGUGAAUGAACCGAAGGGAAGCACAGGAACGGCGGGUAGAGCGCCUUACAACAAGAGGAGCAGCAGCCAAGCUUAUGUGCAGUAGUCCAACCCGAGAAACCGUGCUGGUGAAGUAAUAAUGGCAGCCUGGAUGUCGUCGUGCUCGUGAUUUUAAGUGUAAAACGCGAGGAUGCUUGCGCCGACGCCCGCUCUCGAGCCCCAUACCACACACAGGCUGGCACUGGAUUGCCGGAGCUGGCUGGAUCAUCGCCAGGCCCGUGGGGUGUGUGGUUGUUGCUGUGGGGCUUUCAGGCCCCGUUACAAGAGGCUUGUUGACAACAUAUUUCCUGAAGAUCCCGAGGACGGAUUGGUGAAGGCCAACAUGGAGAAGCUGACGUUCUACGCUCUGUCUGCUCCAGAGAAGCUGGACCGAAUAGGAGCCUACCUGUCUGAGAGACUGUGCCGCGACGUGGCCAGACACAGAUACGGUUACGUGUGUAUUGCGAUGGAGGCUCUGGAUCAGCUGCUGAUGGCGUGCCACUGUCAGAGCAUUAACCUGUUCGUGGAGAGUUUCUUAAAGAUGGUGCGCAAACUUCUGGAAGCCGACAAGCCCAACCUGCAGAUACUGGGAACCAACUCGUUUGUCAAGUUCGCCAACAUCGAAGAGGACACGCCGUCGUACCAUCGCAGUUAUGAUUUCUUCGUGUCACGCUUUAGUGAGAUGUGCCACUCCAGCUUCGAGGAUCCGGAUAUCCGCACCAGAAUCCGCAUGGCUGGUAUCAAAGGGCUGCAGGGAGUGGUGAGGAAGACGGUCAACGAUGAACUGCAGGCGAACAUCUGGGAUCCGCAGCACAUGGACAAGAUUGUGCCGUCUCUGCUGUUUAACCUGCAGUCUGGAGAAGGCACGGAGAGCCGUUCCCCGUCUCCGCUGCAGGCCACCGAGAAGGAGAAGGAAAGCCCAGCUGAGCUGACGGAGCGCUGUUUCCGGGAACUGCUGGGCCGCGCCGCCUACGGCAACAUCAAGAACGCAGUCACUCCCGUCCUCAUGCAUCUUGAUAAUCACUCUCUGUGGGAAGGAAAAACCUUCGCAGUGCGCUGCUUUAAGAUCAUCAUGUACUCCAUUCAGUCUCAGCACUCUCACCUGGUCAUCCAGCAGCUCCUGGGUCACCUGGACGCUAACAGUAAGACCUCGGCUAAGGUUCGCGCUGGGAUCGUGGAGGUUCUCCUGGAGGCAGCUGCUAUAGCAGCCAGCGGGUCUGUAGGUCCUACUGUUCUGGAGGUGUUUAACACUCUCCUCAGGCAACUGAAGCUCAGUGUGGACUACGAGCUCAGCGGAUUUUACGAUGCCACCACCACAGGGAACAAAACCGUCAACGAGCAUGAAGAGAGGCAGCUCCAAGAAGCUGUCAUAAAAACCAUAGGUUCCUUUGCCAGCACUCUGCCUACGUACCAGCGCUCUGAGGUGAUGCUCUUCAUCAUGGGGAAGAUCCCGAUUCCUGGAAUGCACCUUGCACUGCCACCCACAGACUCUGGGUCUGAGGGUGACCGGAUGAUCCAGGUCAUGUUGCUGAAGUCUCUAAGACAGGUGACGUGCGGCUUCCAGAGCACCAACAUGCUGACGGCUCUGCCCAGCUCCUUCCUGGACCCGCUCCUGUCCUUCGCGCUGCUGGAGGACCCGGACGUCCGCCUGCUCGUCCUGGAAAUCCUCGUCAGCCUCAUCGAUCGCCAUGACAACCUCCCUAAGUUCUCCACCGUCAGCAUCAUCUCGGACAUUUCCAUGCUUAAGCUCAAGAUGGAGAAGUGUUCCCGUCAGGACAACCUCUUCAUGAAGAAGCAUGCCCAGCAGCUCUACAGACACAUUUACCUGUCGUGUAAGGAGCAGAGCAGCGUGCAGCCGCACUUCGAGAUGCUCUACUCUCUCCUGGCUCUGAUCAGCAUGGAGCUCGCUAACGAGGAGGUGGUGGUGGAUCUCAUUCGCCUCGCCCUGGCCCUGCAGGACUUGGCUUUAGUCAGCGAGGAGUCGUUGCCGGUGUUUAACCGUUGCGCUGUUCACGCUCUCUCCGCUGCCUACCUCAACCUCAUGUGCCAGCUCACCACCCUGCCCACCUUCUGCCAGCACGUCCACGAGGUGAUCGAGAUGAGACAGAAAGAAUGCUCGUUUCUUUUGCCAGAAGACGUCUUCAUUGAAAGUCCAAAGAUUCCUGAGACGCUGGAGAAGCCAGCGGGGGAAGUGCUGUUCCAGCAGGCGAAGAUCGCCGAGGUGCUGGGAGGAAGUGGCUACAACACCGAGAGACUCGCCACACCUUACAUCCCUCAGUUCACAGAUGAAGACAGGCUGUCGAAGAGAAAAAGUAUCGGAGAGACGAUCUCUCUCCAGGUGGAGGUCGAGUCCAGGAACAGUCCAGAGAAAGAGGAGAGAACACCGGCUGAGGAAAUCACGUUCGAAGCACUUAAGAAUGCCAUAGUGGACAGUGUAGGCAUGGAGGAGCAGGAGCGAGAGCGGAGGAGGCAGGUGGUGGAGAAGUUCCAGAAGGCUCCGUUCGAGGAGAUCGCCGCACACUGCGGAGCCCGAGCCACAAUGUUACAGAGCAAACUCAGCCAGAUCUUCGAGAUCACGAUCAGGCCUCCUCCCAGCCCAUCAGGCACCAUCACAGCCAGCUACGGCCAGACCCAGACCCGCUCCGUCCCCAUCUACGAGAUGAAGUUCCCUGACCUGUGUGUGUAUUAACACGGAGUGAAGGAGGAGCUCAGACACCCGAGCGGCGAUGGGCGUGCGUGCGUGCGUGCGUGCGUGCGUGCGUGCGUGCGUGUGUGUGUGUGUGUGUGUACACAGGAAGUGUAAUCCAAACAUCUACGUUCUUUAUCAUCGCAGGCAAAGCUCCAGCGUGUCGUCUUUGCACUGUGACCGACACUGACACGAACUCUUUUUACUCUGCGGGGCGCCGUUACUUUUACUCCGCAGCCUCUGCUCGGAUUCGGUUGUGUCGUCUGCCAUAUUUAAACGUUUGUCUCGUGUCCCGAAUUCAGCCGGGAUGGUUUCUUUUUUUUUUUUAAAGCAGAAGUGCAUGUGCUGUCUAAUGCCAGCUAGUUUUAUUUGGAGUAGUAGUGCUACUGUGUUUUAUGACUCUAUCGAUGCGUUCAGUUCAAGAACGUAUUUUUAUUAGAAUUUUUUUUUUUUUUUUUUAGAAAUUAGCUCAGUGGGUUUCGUUAAAUUGACCAUUUUUUAACACGUAUGUCCUUAUCGGUGCUACUUUCGUUCCAUUUCGUUCUGACAUUUUCGUGCGACGGUAUCGGAAGACGCUUCACUUUACCGCGAACGAUCUUUAACGGGGGGGAAAUUCACACAGCUCGGCGCGAGAUAUUUUCAAAAUCAUCCUGGACCGAACCCUUUUCUCGAGAUUUAGGCGCGGGAAUAAUCCAAAUACUAAAGAUUCUUCCGUUUCUGGGUUUCUGCACGCGGCAGAUUAACACUAUUUAGCUAUAGAUAUGCUCGAGCAUAUCUGUUUUUAGUGUAUACAGGGCUUAAAAAAAAAAAAAAAUUAAAAAAAAAAAAAAACAGUGGGGGGAAUUGCACUGAAAAAACUUCUCAACUUCAUAACACUCUGUAAAUGUGAUUUAAGCGACAAAAAUGUCUUUCUUUUUUUUUUUUUUUUUUUCUUUUCCCGUAUUGCUGUUCAUUUUAAAGCGUCCGUAAGCGACUUUCUUUAAGUUUAGCAUAGCAUACGACGACGUAAAUUAUAUCUACCGCUCUCUAAACGCGAUGUCUGUAAACAUGCGUGUGUAUACGUGUAAGAGAAAUGUCUGUUUUCGAAUGCACUGACUUUUUUUUUUUUCUAACGUCGAGCUAGAGCGGGUACAGGUGACGGCGUGGGCGUGGCACGCACCCGCGAAGAACUAACCAGCAUGAGAUUACCACCAUCACAGGAAUUUACAACAAGAACGACGGUUUAUGAAGUGCUGCAAGCUCCAGGGGACAUGAUGAGGAUAGAACACACUAAUAGAGAUAUAUAUAUAUAUAU